CCUGAACUUUGUUCCUCCACAUGCGUGGCUGUCCUGACGUGUGGUUCAAAGUUCAGGUCAUGUCGUUUCAGUGCUGUUUCCUCUCAGGGCGUGAGCCCUCUCGUUUGUGUGUGUUGAACUGUCUGAGCUGCAGGAUGACCCGCUGUGCCCUCAUCGCUCCCCUCCUGCUCCUGUGCCUCCGCAGUACGGUCACUCAAAAAAACGAGGAAACUGUCGCAGCAGCGUCCCCUCCAUCUCCAGCAUCCGAUGGCGUGAAGGAAGAGGACACCGAUUGGGGCCUCAACUCUCUGAGAGGCAGCUUUGAGGCUGCCACCGGCUACUUUGACUCAAUUCUGGAGUUCAUGGGUGGCCGGGAUGGACUCUGCCAAUACCGCUGUCGAUAUGGUAAUGCUCCACUUUCACGUCCUGGGUACCAGAUGCCUGAACCUAAUGGGUGCAGCUCCUACUUCUUUGGUUUCCCUGUUCCAGAAGGGAUGGAUAUGGGGAUCCCCGCCAUGACGAAGUGUUGCAAUCAGCUAGAUAUGUGUUACGAUACCUGUGGCUCAAACAAGUACCGCUGUGACUCCAAGUUCCGCUGGUGCCUCCACAGCAUCUGCUCCGACCUCAAGAAGAGCCUUGGUUUUGUGUCCAAAGUUGAAGCAUGUGAGACGGUGGCAGACACUUUGUUCAACACGGUGUGGACUUUGGGCUGCAGACCCUACAUGAACAGCCAGAGAGCAUCAUGCUACUGCCAAGGAGAAGAGAAAGAUGAACUCUAAACACAAAGCACAUUCCUAUUUAUAAGACGGUGAAGUUAUAGCAACAUGGGUUCCAUUAAUAGCUGCAAUAGUAUUUCUCGAGUGGCAAUAUUUGUUUAGUUUCCAAGUAUUGCUCUAUGUAUGAGAGAGGGUUUUUAUCACCUUGAUUUAUAUUUUUAGGUGGGGAUAUUAUCAGUCAUUACACAGUAUUCAUAUUGUUUCCAAUGCCCUUUUAAAAUGGAUUGUAUUGUUUGUAGGUGAACUGUAUACUUUCUAAAUGACUUAACUAUAGUAAACUUCAAUUUGCUUUAACUAACUUUCAACAA